GCGCCGGCGGCUGACUGUGUGAAGCAUGUUCAAAAAUCUCAUCAGCAAAACCAUCACCAAGCUAACGGCCCCUGGCGGGGACCGUAACUUGCUGGUCGAUGAUUCCGACAUCUCCCCCGAGGAGCCCUCCUACUUCUCCCUCACCGACGAGGAGCUCACUCAAGACCCGGAUACCGUUUUUACCAUGCUCGAGAAGCUUGGCGAGGGGUCAUAUGGCUUUGUCCAUAAGGCCACUCACAAUGCCAGCGGUCAUAUCGUUGCCAUCAAGCGCGUGGCCGUGGAGGACAAUGAUUUCGAGAGCCUGGUCAAGGAAAUCCAGAUCAUGAACGGCUGCCGCUCCAAGUAUAUCGUCCAGUUCUACGGCAGCUACUUCAAGGACCAGCACCUCUGGAUUGUGAUUGAGUACUGCGGCGCCGGGGCCGUGUCGGACGUCAUGCGCAUCCACCGGUCGCCGUUGACCGAAAAGCAGAUUGCCGUCAUUUGUCGUGACGCCCUCAAUGGGCUGGUUUAUCUUCACGGCCUGCGCAAGAUCCACCGUGACAUCAAGGCCGGCAACAUCCUGCUCAACAGCCAGGGCGUGGCCAAGCUCGCGGAUUUCGGUGUCACUGGCCAGCUCUCGGAUGACAUGGUCAAGCGUAACACCGUCAUCGGCACCCCCUUCUGGAUGGCCCCGGAGGUGAUCGAGGAGGUUGGCUACAAUGAGCUGGCCGACGUGUGGUCUCUUGGCAUCACGCUGAUUGAGAUGGCCGAUGGCUUCCCGCCUUACCACAAGAUCAACCCGAUGCGUGCUGUUUUCUUGAUCCCCACCAAGCCCCCUCCGACGGUGUCCGACCCGUCCAAGUUUUCGCCGGCCUUCAAUGACUUCGUUGCCAGCUGCCUGGUUAAGUCCCCGGCCCAGCGCCCGAGUGCCGAGAGUCUGCUUUCUCACGAGUUCAUCACCCAGUGCCCUCCGCGUGCGGUGCUCAAUGAGCUGGUCCAGUCCACACUGGAGCGCAUCAGCGAGGCCGGUGGUCUGAACAACCUCGGCGGCGAGGACGACUCUGACGGCGAGAGCUACGAUGGUGUCGUCAACACGGUCGUUCCCUCUCGCGGGCGAGGCGCCUCGCGUUUCGAUGACUCGGGCGAUUCCGAUUCCGACUCCGAUUCCGACGAUUACGACUCCAGCACCACUCAGUUUAAUGGCCGGCCCGCCUACGACACCAUGAUUGUCAACUCAGAUACCACCAAUUUCGGCACCAUGCAGGACCAUGGAACGAUGGUCUCCAUGAACAAGACCGGCGCCGGCGCCGACGACGACGAGCCAUACUUCAUGAAGAUCACUCGUGAGCGCGCUGCCGAGGCUGCUGCCCUGGCUGCCCGUGCUGAGGAGCAGAAGAAGGCCACCCCCCAGCAAUCGCAGAAGUCCAUGCAGGAGCUCCUGGCCGCUGUGAACUCCGGGCGCUGCCAGUAGGUGCCUCUUCCUUCCUUCCUUCCGAGCGCGGGAAAGCACGCCUCUGUGGGUGGCUAUGCAAUCUGCGCACAGAUGCGCUGCUCCGUCAGCGCUAUGCUGUGCCGCGCCAGCCGCCCUCAUCGCCAGCGGGGCUUGUUGCCCAUUCCGAUGUUCGCAUGGAUCUCUUUCUGUUUCGACAUUUCUCCGUUGGGGCAUUCUCUGUGCGCAGCGUUGCUUGUGAAAGAAAAAAAAAAA